AAGAGGGUGAAAUGGCUCAAGCCAUGUGGAAAAGUCUCAAGCCGUCUGAAGCCAUGUGCAGCCAUGAGGAAACGGCUCAAGCCGCCUGAAACGUCUCAGCUAAGACGUUGAGACAUCUGACCUGCGUGUCGGACACGUGUCUGCGUUUAAUUGAUGAGCCGCCAAGACGUUUCAGGAUAUUUGUGGCGUUUCCACAAAUCGUUUGAAUUGGCCAUUUUAGAAAUGUUGAUCAAAUCUUGGCCAUUUUGGCUAUUCUGGCUGUUUUCGCAAAAUUCACCUGUGAUGGAAAUUGUCAAUUUUUAGUAAUUCUUCCAUUCACCUGUCAUAGAAGUUGUCAAUUGUGAAUGAAAAAUGUGUAUUCUAGACUCGAGGGUGUCUGGUUUUUUAAAAAUUUAAUAUCUCCAUCUAGUAAUUUCAAAGUUGUUUAGCAAUUUUUUUCUCUUUUGGAUUCAUAUUGAGGAACCAACCCAGUGGUAUUGAAGUUCUAAGUGAAAGAAUUGGAGAAGUUUGAUUAUCUUGACAAUUUUGAAGAACACGGAGAAAUACACAGAAUGCGAAGAUGCUCUAACCUUUGAUUCAGAAGGUCUACCAAUGAUUUGCAGGAGGAAACUUAUCGACCGGACUACACAUCUUCAGUGGUUUCAUCUUAUUUCAGUCAAUUUAUCAGCUGUUGACACAGGAAAACGAUACAUUGGUCAUUCAGUUGAUUCAUCUCAAAAGUCCAUUAACAAUGGUAACAUCACUACCAUCGACAAAAUGUCGUUAGCAAGCAACUUAGCGUGUUUAGUCGACGAGUCUUCUCCAGUCGAUGAACGGAAACCGAUGAACCGGCUGGAGCUCAAGAGGUAUCUCGAGCUACGCAUAAAGAAAAGGGUAAAAGAUCAAUACAAGAACGGAAAAUUUCACGAUCUUAUCGAAAAAGUAAUCGCCAAUCCAUAUACUCUUCAAGACGCCUACGACAGUAUGAGGGUCAACUCAAAUGUUAACUUAUCAUCCGAAUGUGACAAUAUCAACUUCACCUCUCUAGCCGAAGAAUUAGCUUCCGGAAAGUUCGAUAUAAGUUCCAACGUAUAUUCCAUUUCAUCAAGGAGAACAAACAACGAAAAACUCGUGCUUCCAAAUCUCAAAACGAACGUCAUUCAAGAAGCCAUUAGAAUAGCGUUAGAAGUCGUUUACAGACCGCAUUUUUCCAAAAUCUCGCACGGAUGCCGAACUGGAAGGGGUCAAUCAUCAGCGUUAAAGUACAUCUGUAAAGAAAUUGCGAAUCCGGAUUGGUGGUUCCCUUUAACACUUAACAAAAAGAUUGACAUGCGUAUCCUUUCUAAGCUCAUAUCGACAAUGGAGAGUAAGAUCGAAGAUCCCAAAUUAUAUUCUAUUAUUCAUAGCAUGUUUAACGCUGGAGUUCUUAAUAUCGAGUUCGGAGCAUUUGCUAAAGGCCACGGUCUCCCACAAGAAGGCGUGUUGUCUCCAAUAUUAAUAAAUAUAUAUCUCGACCUCUUUGAUCACGAGAUUCUUAACUUGUCAAUGAAGUAUGAAGUUCUUGACACAUCAGAUGAUGGUCAACGUGACGAGUCAAAGCUCCGUAGCUGGUUUAGGAGACAGAUGGGUCCCACUCGAAACGGAGGAUAUACGUCGGGGGUUCGGGUACAUUGUUGUCGGUUAAUGGAUGAAAUUCUUGUUUUAGUUAACGGCUCCAAAGAAGUGAGUAUGGCUUUGAAGUCUGAAAUCGAAACCUACGUGCAGGGAUCACUUUAUUUGGAUCUUGAUAGUAAAACGAAUAUUUUGCGAUGUAACGAUCCACGAGGUGUAAAGUUCACGGGCAAGAUUAUUAAGAGGACUGUAAUCGAGAGUCCUGCGGUUAGAGCGGUUCACAAGUUAAAGGAAAAAGUCGAGUUAUUCGCGUUGCAGAAAGAAGAGGCGUGGGAUGAAGGGAUGGUCAGAAUCGGGAAGAAAGUGUUAGGUCACGGAUUCAAGAAAGUCAAAGAGUCAGAAAUCAAACAUCUGGCUGACUAUAACUCGGUUUUAAGCCGUGUGUCAUGUUUUCGCAAACCGGGAAUGUUAACCGAUCACUGGUAUAAAGUCUUACUAAAAGUUUGGAUGCAAGACAUAACUUUAAAAAAACACGAAACCGAAGAGCAUAUCUUAUCGAAGUUGUUAACCGAAAAAGCGUUACCGCAAGAUUUAAAAGAUUCGUUUUAUGCGUUUCAAAAUCAUGUCAAACGUUACGUUUCUUCCGAGGCAAAAUCGACCGUCACCCUUUUACCGGAAUCCACCGUUUCUUCUGAGUCGGUUUACAUCACAGAAGUUUCGUCGCCGUUGAAGGCUAUAAGAAUGUGUUUACAACGAUAUGGAAUAACGAAUCGUGAAGGAUACCCGCGUGCAUGCCAUACGCUUGUUUUACUAGACCAUGAUCAUAUUAUCGAUUGGUUUCAUGGUAUUGUUACUCGAUGGCUUCGAUGGUAUCAUUUAUGCGAUAAUUUUGGGGAAAUAAAGCUCUUGAUUACCGAAAAAGUUAGGAAAUCGUGCAUCCGUACGCUAGCAACGAAGUAUCGAUUACACGAGUUUGAAAUCGAGAGGAAGUUUGAUUCGGAUUUGAGCGUACUCCCGUCAAGCGACGAUUACGAAAUUGAUUCUGUUAACACGAUUGUGGAAUCUCGGGAUUUUUAUUAUGAUGAGGGAUUGUUGUAUGGGAUUCCGUAUAGCGGUUUGUGUUUACUAUCUUUGGCGAGAACUGUGAGUAAAUCUAGACCGUGUACCUGCUUUGUAAUAGGGUGUAGGGCUGCUGCACCGUGUGUUUACACAAUCCACGUUAUGCAAAGACAAAAAUUUCCGGUUUGGAAUACGGGAUUUUCGAGCUGUAUUCAUCUGAGUAUGCAUGGGAAGCGAAUCGGGUUGUGUAAACAGCAUUUGAAGGAUCUGUUUAUUGGGCAUAUAUCUCUUCAAUCUAUUUGUUUUGAUGAUUGGAAAUGAAUAUUAUCUGGGAAAGGGGUGUUUGAAGUUCCUGCACUUGAUGCCAAUUGAUUGGGAGAGGAUUGACUCGCUGAUCAAUCAAGGUGGAGAAUGUUAAAGCUGGUUAUUACGAAGAAGGCUUAGAACCUAGCCAGUGCUAAGGGCACCCGCAAGGGGACACUUUUAGCCAACAUAAGUGUCGAGCUGGCAAUCCGAUGGAUGCCACCCACGGAUGCCGCAUUAUGUGGGUCCAUCCAUGGAAAUUUUUGGCCAAGGCGUCUGUAUGUGUGAGACUCCUUACUCGUUGCUCUCAUUUGAUCUACUUGGUGUAUUGGUAAGAGGGUGGUUGAUGCGGGUGAACCCGUUUUGGAAUGGGAUCCAGGUUGAAGAUUAUCUGAAGUUUAAAUAAUAUUUAGUUUCUUAA